AUGGUGGUGCAGGAAGACAAUCACGAAUUGAUUUCAACGUUUGGAGAAAACUUUAGAAAUUGUUGGAAUAUGUCCCAAAGUAUGAGCCAUAUGUUACUAUUUGCACGUUCCAUGGUCGUUGAGCAAUGGAUUCCGAAUUCGUUUGGAUGUUCCAAUAUUGCCUUAUGGACGAAAUAUGGAAUUGCGAAAUAUUGGGCCAAUACUGAAAUGGAACCAUUGUUGUUCACGAGUUUUAUCUAUUUUGAUAAUGUUGGAGAGAGUUAUGAUUUGUGCUCCAAAGUUGGAUUUUGGGAAAACAAAUUGAAAUUAUCAUGUCAUGAAUUGUUGUGUGAAAAUACGAAUGAUAACUUGAUCGCUCAUGUCGAGGAAAUGACAGAAAAACAAACAUCGAUCUUUGAUUGGAUCAACUAUUGCCAAUAUUGUUUAAAAAACAACACAUUGAGAUCAUUUCAACAAAAAUUAGGACCAAACACAGGAUGUUUUCCAAAAGACAACACAGUCAAUGAAAUGAUCAAUCGAUUUCCAAACUCUCUUUCCUUUUGUGGGAGUUAUGAUUUUGGAAUUCCUCUCAUUAUCAAUACUAGCGAUCUAGUUCCGAACAUUUUGAAGGAGUUCAGUUUUUCGUAUAUUUGCUAUUGCAGAGAAAAUUUGUUUACAUUUAAGUGUGACAAUAAUUUUACUCAAUUUGUAACUUCGCAAGUGCUCUCCUUUGGUGAAUUUGGCAUCCAUGUUGUGUCUCUCCUAGUGACAUUCUUCUCGACAUUCUUACCAAAGUUGAAAUCGGUUGUUACUCAAAGAAAGUUCUUUAGAAUUUUCACAAUUGCAAUGGUAUUACUCAGUGAAUUCUUUCUCUCUUUUUCCUUUGUGAUCUCUGCAGCAUGGGGAUCAAAUCUUGUGACCACCAUUUUGGGAAACACUGCAUUAUCAUUGGUAUUUUUCAAUCUUUUUUCAUGGAUUGCCUAUUGGUUUCGAUUAGUGCUUUUUGUGAAAACAAGGAAGACAAAGCCUACCAUAGCAGUGUAUGUUGGACUUGCAUUGUUAUGGUUGAUUGUUGGAGCUCUUGUGCCAUGCUUGGUUGCAGUUUUAGGUCAGCAACAAAUACUGCAGGUUGUGCAAUUCUAUGCAUAUUAUAUAAUUGCCCUCUCAUUUGUGGCAUGUAUCAUAUUUAUUAUAUCCUCCAUAUGGAUUUAUUGGGCCAUGAAAAAGGUGUCUGAUGUUAACAUGUUGAACACAUCCUUCAUUCGAUUUGUCGCUUUUUCCUCACUCUCCAGUUUCAUCUUCUCAAUUGCCUAUGUCAUUAUUACUCAAGUCCAAGGAGGCUUAUUAAUAGGAGUUUUGUCGGGAUCAUUCAGUAUUACCACUCAUGUUUCGAUUGCCUCCAUCACUCUUGGACUCACCUACAUGGAAUUUGAAAAGGAAGAAUUCACCGAUUUUUAUGUGUCUUGUUGCAGCAAUUUGUUUGGAAAGUCCUUGCAAUCGACUACGCGUUCGGCAUCUUCAUCUUCGCACACAAAUGUUGAGGAUUAUUCCACCAUUUAUGAAGAUCCCAGCGGUGUUGAGAAUAGUACGUACUAUUCCAAAAUGCCCGUAAAUUCUGAGAAGGACUAG